GUAGACGGAUGAUCGAGUUUCGGGCGAUCGAGUCGUAAAUUAUUAAAGACGUCUGUACAGUUACCGUGCGGUAGUCGGAAUACACAACACAGACCCCGUUCUGGCACAGCACGUAAACAUCGCCUACACCCGGAGGCAGGAGCAACUCCCGCCGCGGGAUUGGAUGCACUCCCCACUGACUGUUUCUCCAAACACGGCCGCCAGAAGAGACUCCCGGCCGGGCUGGGCCAAAGAACUGCAGUUCAUAUUGACAAUUUAUAGUUUCAGACUUUUCUUGUCAUGGAUAAAGUGAAUGUUUCACCAAUCCUAAAACAUGGACAAACUGAGAGCAGUGACGAAACCGCAAAAAAUGUUGAAGAGAUUACAACAUCGCUUCAGCGAGACAUUGAUCAAAUAUGCCAGGAUAAAAUUGAGAACAUUGUUGAGGUAUACAUCGAAGAAUUGCCCAUGUGUGAUGAUGCCGGGGACUGCCACUCAGCCGGUCCUUCACUAGCAGAGGAUGCUCAAAGUAGAAAUAUUGAGAAUCUUUGUGAUGAAAAUGACAAAGCCGAUGUUAAUGCUUCUCCUAGAGAUGGCGACUCUCAUACAGAUGUGAACAAUGGACAAUUGGAUGGGGCUAAAGAGCACGCCACAGAAGAGAUAAUUUUGGAAAAAGGUGACGAGACUGCAAAAACUGUUGAAGAGAUUGCAACAUCGCUACAGCGAGACAUUGAUCAAAUAUGCCGGGAUAAAAUUGAGAACAUUGUUGAGGUAUACAUUGAAGAAUUGCCCACGUGUGAUGAUGCUGGGAACUGCAAAGCAACUUCUUCUUUGCUAGCUGAGGAUGCUCAAAGUAGAAAUAAUGAAAAUGACGAGGCUCAUAAUGAUGCUUCGAGUCCUAGAGAUGGUGGCUCUGGUACAGAUGUGAACGAUGGCCACUUGGAUGUAGCUCCAGAGCACACCAAAGAAGUGAUCAUUUUGGGGGAAGAUGCUCUUCAAACCCUUCAAGAUGAUAACCAACAGCCCUUUCAACAAGGAGAUGAUACAAGUCAAUCAGCUGUGGUUGGAAUUGUCAGCAAACCACCCGAGGACAUUGAUGUAAAGUCUCAAACUGUAACACCCAGCAAGUCUUCAAAAGGUUUUAGAACUAGAAGGCCAUUGUAUAAAUGCACCACUUGUAAUCGGACCUGCGGUAACAAAGCACAUUUUGAGGAACAUCUCAGAAUACACACUGGGGAGAAACCUUUCCAGUGUUCAGAAUGUAACAAGUCCUUUAUCACCAAGUCCCACCUUACCAGACAUAUGAAGCAGUUGCAUAAGCCACAUAAAACUGCUUUUGAUCGUUUUAUUUGCUCAUAUUGCAAGUUGUCAUUGCCUUCAAAGGCUCAUCUUGAUUCGCAUCUAAGAAAGCAUACCGAAAGGAAAUUGGUAGAAUGUAGUGUGUGUAGGAAAACAUUUACAAAGAAAAUCCAUUUAGUUGAACAUCUGAGGAUACAUACUGGAGAAAAACCAUUCAAAUGUGUUAAAUGUAAUAGAUCAUUCAUUACCAAAUCCCAUCUAAGAAGGCAUGUCCAAUUACACUUUGGAGGUAAAACUAAACCCAAGAAACAGUUGAAAUGUUCGUAUUGUAGUGCUUCAUUUUACAGAAGUUUUCAUCUUGUUGAACAUGAACGAUCCCAUACCGGGGAGAGGCCCUUCCCAUGUUCUGAAUGUAAAUGGUCUUUCAUGACAAAAUCACACCUAUUGAGGCACCGAAGAACACAACACACCGGGAGUAAGCUUACGGAGAAGAAUGAUCAAGUUGUUAACAUCAGAUUGACGAGAGUGCUCAAAAGAGGAACAAAGUUCAAAUGCCAAGACUGUGAGAAGUCCUUCCAAAGUCGGUCCCUUCUUGCAAAACAUUCAAGAGAGCACAACAUAGGAGAAACAGAAUUGAUGGAAACACUUGAUCUUGAAAGGUCUUUUCGGUGUGUGCAGUGUAACAUAAUGUUCCCUGAAGCAAGUCUUAGAGAUGAACAUGUGAAGAGUCAUUCUGCUGUCAUGGCAGAUGUUCCAGAGCCAGAGACAAUCAACCAUGUAUGUUCUCACUGUGGCUGUAUUUUCUCUGAUCAGAGACAACUGGAUGAUCAUGUGAAAUGCCACACUGGUAAUGAGGUGGAGGGAACACCUCAAUGUCCUACAGGUGAUGAUAUGUCCACUAAGAAUUCGGAUCCUGUAACACAUGAAGUAGAUGAAAGUCCCGAAUGCUCCUUCAGUGAUGACGAGUAUUCCGCCGAAAAGCUACAACCCAAGGAACAUGGAAAGAAUAAAGUUCAAGAAAAGGGGGCUGAGAAUAUUGUUGAUGGGGAGUCAGAUCUGAUGGCACAUGUGAAGGUUCAUGAAGGUAGAAGCCAUCUGAAGUGCUCCUAUUGUGACCAUUUGUUUGGUAAUAAGCACCACCUUACUGAGCACAUCCGGACGCAUACUGGUGAAAGACCCUUCCCUUGUCCUCAUUGUGAUUGGUCAUUCAUGACAAAGUCACAUCUGACACGCCACUUGAGAACACACACUGGAGAGAAACGUCACGAGUGCAGUUAUUGUUCCAAGAAGUUCCUUGAAAGUACACAACUGAAAGAGCACAUCCGACAACAUACCGGGGAACGGCCUUACGAAUGCUCUGAAUGCAAGAAGCGCUUCAUCUCCUCAGGUAGUCUAAGAUGUCACAUGAGACGACAUGGUGUAGAAAAGUCUCAUAGGUGUAUUCAUUGCUCUAAAGUUUUUUGUUGGGAAAGUCAUCUUGAGGAGCAUUUAAGAAUACAUCAGGAAGAAGAACCUCAGGUUCAGUCUGACUUACCCCAAAAAGAUGAGAGUAACAGCGAGAAUGAAGAAUCUCACUUACAUGUAUCAGUACCUGAAGAUAUCAAUAUGAUUGACAGAGUGGGAAAAGAUUUGCAGAGCCCUGAGCCUUCCAAUUCAUACACUCUUGAACUGGAUCCUACAACUAAGAAAGAGACUGAGAGUGUCAACAAAAUUCAUCAGUGUCCAUACUGUGCCCGUGAGCUUGCCACCAAACAUCUACUAAUUGAGCAUAUACGGAUUCAUACUGGGGAACGACCCUUCCCGUGUCCGGAAUGUGAUUGGUCAUUCAAGACAAAAUCGCACCUCAAUAGGCAUUUGAAGACGCAUGGUCGCACCUACCACUGUUCCCAAUGCUCGGAUAUUUUUUCUUCUAAGUAUCUUCUGAUGCAACACAUGAGUACACAUAGAGAAGCACCUCAUUAUUGUACGGUGUGUAACAAAUGGUUUAGUUCUGAAUCUGGUCUUCUCACCCAUUGUAAAGAACAUGAUGGGGAUAGCUCGGAUGUUAAAAAUGAAGAUUCUACUCCUUGUGGCAAUGCAGACUCAGAUUCUCAAGCCUCUGACACCAUUGAGGUUGAGAAUGCAAAAGUGGAGAAAGUAACACCUAGUGAAUCACAGAGUGAGGAAGAGACCUAUGAGUGUUCUUAUUGUAUGAAAUUGUUUUCAGACAUCAGUCAAUUUGUGGAACAUAUUGGAAUUUGUUACAAGCUGUCAACAACCAAGCCUCCUACAACUAUACACUCAAGUAAAGUCAGUGCAGAUGUUGCUGAUGCAGGGUAUCUGAAGUGCUCCUUUUGUGGCUGUACAUUUUCUGAAAAGUGCCAUUUAGAUGAACAUGUAAAGAUUCAUUCUGGAGAGGAUUCAGCAGAGGAGAGUCACCAGUGUCAAAACUGCAGUGAGACAUUUUCUACGCAGUCGGAUCUUACGACUCACAUGAUAAAGCAUGACGGAGAACACGCUUUUGUGUGUAUCUAUUGUAGCCGUUCAUUUCCUGAACAGGCUCUUCUUGAGGAACAUUUCAAAGUUCAUGAAGCGGAAGAUUCCCCUGAGUCAUAUCAAUGUUCAAAAUGUGAUCAGUUUUUCAUGAGACAAUCGGAUCUCACAAAACACAUGAAAAAGGCUCAUAAGAUUUUCCCAGGCUAUAAUUGCUCAUAUUGUGGCAAUACAUUCGCUAAUAAGAAUCAUCUCACAGAGCAUGAACGAUCCCAUACAGGUGAGCGGCCUUUUCCUUGUACAGAAUGUGAAUGGUCGUUCAUGACGAAGUCCCACCUCCGGAGGCAUAUGAGAACUCAUAAUCGGGAAAAUCCUCUCAAGGGCAGCUAUAGUUCGGUGACAUUCUCUUCAACAAAGCAUUUAGACAACCAUACAAGGAAUGCACAUCGCUGCUCAGUCUGUAAAGAGUGUUUUUCAUCUAAGGCUAGUCUCAUUGCGCAUUCAAAGACUCACACAGAAGAUAUUUCUGAUGCUGGAAGUAGCGUUGUAAUUGUUAAAGACAGUAAUGCUGAUGACCAUGAAGGUAACAUAGACACUGAUUCGGACUCUAGCGAGGUACACGACAUGCAGGCAGACCUUACACCAGAAAGUCCAACACUUGAUGGAGUAACUGUAGAUGAAUGCUCGCAUUCGCAAGAAGCCCCAUUUCCUGAACAGGCUCUUCUUGAGGAACAUUCAAAAGUCCAUGAAGUAGAAGAUUCCCCAGAGUCGCAUCAAUGUUCAGAAUGUGAUCAGGUUUUCACGAGACAAUCAGUUCUCACAAAGCACAUGAAAAAAGCUCAUAAUAUUUUGCCAGGCUAUAAGUGCUCAUACUGUGGCAAUACAUUCGCUAAUAAGAAUCAUUUCACAGAGCAUGAAAGGUCUCACACAGGUGAGCGGCCUUUUCCAUGUACGAAAUGUGAUUGGUCAUUCAUGAGGAAGUCCCACCUACGGAACCAUAUGCGAACACAUGUUCAGGACACGCAGACAGAACUUACACCAGAGAAUCGAACCCUUGAUGGAGUAACUGUAGCUUACGAAUCUUCGCAUUCACAAGACUACAAUAAGACAACACUUUCUGCGCAGUCGGAUGGUACGACUCACAUGAUAAAUCAUGACAAAGAUGAAGCUUUUGCAUGUAUCUAUUGUAGCCAUUCAUUUCCCGAACAGGCUCUUCUCAAGGAACAUUUAAAAGUUCAUGACUCGGUAGGUUCUUUGAAGUCAUAUCAAUGUUCAGAGUGUGAUCAGGUAUUCAUGAGACAAUCAGUUCUCACAAAGCACAUGAAAAAAGCGCAUGAUAUUUUGCCAGGCUAUAAGUGCUCAUACUGUGGCAAUACAUUCGCUAAUAAGAAUCAUCUCACAGAGCAUGAAAGAUCUCAUACAGGCGAGCGGCCUUUUCCUUGUACCGAAUGUGAUUGGUCGUUCAUGACGAAGUCCCACCUCCGGAACCACAUGCGAACACAUGCUCAGGAAAAUCCUCUUUUUAAGUGCACCUAUUGUUCGGCAACAUUCUCCAAGAAGGGCCUCCUGGAAGAGCACGUAAGAAUACACACUGGGGAAGAAAUUGUGGAGGAGAAUUUCCACUGCUCUGAGUGUAGUGAGAUUUUCACUGCACAUGCAGACCUGACGGAACAUAUGAGAAGUCACGCUGCCGAAGCCUCUUUCGUGUGUACAAUUUGUGGCAGCUUGUUUUCUGAACAGAGCGGGCUAGAUGAACAUGCUUUGAUCCAUACAGAGGCAGAGACGGAGAAGAAAUUCGGGUGUUCAGAAUGUGGAAUGAUGUUUGCCGUAGAGUCAGAUCUCACAAUGCACAUGAAAAGGGUGCACAAGAUACGGCCGCACUUGGUAUGCUCUUUCUGUGGCAAUAAGUUUGCCAAUAAGUAUCAUCUUACAGAACAUGUGAGAUCUCACACCGGUGAGCGUCCUUUUCCAUGUGCUGAAUGCAAUUGGUCCUUCAUGACAAAGUCUCACCUCCGGAGGCAUAUGAAAACGCAUACAGGUGAAAAACCUCACGAAUGUACUUAUUGCCCUCAGAAAUUCGCUGUCAAGACGCGGUUGAUUGAGCACAUUCGGAUCCAUACAGGGGAAAGACCGUUUCAGUGCACAGAAUGUUUUAAGCAUUUCACCUCGAAGUGUAAUUACAAGAGUCAUAUGAAGACCCACUCCGGGUACAAGCCAUACCAGUGUUCAUUUUGUCCCAAAGCGUACUGCAAGAGAAAUCGUCUAAACGAACACCUGAAGAAACACACGGAAAAGAAGCCAUUUAACUGUUCAAUAUGUGACAUGGGAUUCGUGCGAAAGGCUCAUAAAACAAGGCAUAUGAUGUUACACGGUGAUAAAGAAGCUCAGUAGGUCUGCCCUCUAGUGUCAACAAAAUGAAAUGCAUCAUUGAUGUUUUCGUAAUUUACAUUUCACAACAUAUCACAUUGUCUUAGUAGAAAACUAUUGAUAUCAUUAUUCUUUAAUUAGGCAUUAUAUUUGAAGAGUAUAUGAAUGAUAAUUAUGGGGUGUUUCACACACACACAAAUCACAUGUGUGUUAUGUUAGGGCAGAUGAAAAUUACAUUCCUAGAAAAAAAUGUGUGCGAAGCGCGAUGAACCUUGCGGUCGGGGUCCUAGAUUCUCUCUUGUGCAAUCUGGCCCUUAUUUUGGGAGCAUUUAAUACAACAAAUUUAUAACAGUUUCAUAUGGAACGCAGGCAAAAUUAGAAAAGAUUUCAAAAUACAGCGAGAGUCAAUAUUAAUGAUAACAAAAUUGUAGUACUUUGUUAAAAGGAAUCUAGAUUGUACCUUUACAUACCUGGUAUUGGGGAGAUAAUAAUAUCUUGAAGUAUCAAAAUAUUUUGUAGUCAAAUUAGAAUGAAUAAUAGAGCAUGUCUGUUGUAGACUCUAACAAGGAUGUCAGUCUCCUAGUCACUUUCAGUAUAUGGGAAAAGUGACAGUCUGUCAGCAACAAGUUGCUUGAACCAUGGCACAAAAGGUGUAAUUACCAGACGAAGGUACUGGUGCAGAUUUUCACUGGUCAAGCAGGGGUCGCGGAAGCGGGCAGGGGGCUUCAGCCCCCCCCCCACUUUUUU